AUGGCCAAGCUCCUUUUGCUUACCGGUCUGGCCCUCCUGCUGNNNNUCUCUGCAGGCACUGCCUAUGUGCUGUCAUGUUACUUCAGCAACUGGGCCCAGUACAGGCCUGGUGUGGGGAAAUUCAUGCCUGACAACAUCGACCCGUGCCUGUGCACUCACCUGCUCUACGCCUUUGCUGGGAUGAGCAACAAUAAGAUCACGACUUACGAGUGGAACGACGAGACCCUUUACCAAUCCUUCAAUGGCCUGAAGAACCAGAACAAAAAUCUGAAGACUCUGCUCUCCAUCGGAGGAUGGAAUUUCGGGACAGAUAAGUUCUCCACAAUGGUUUCCACUCCCCAGAACCGCCAGACCUUCAUCAAGUCCGUCAUCAAGUUCCUGCGCCAGUAUCAGUUUGAUGGGCUGGACAUCGACUGGGAAUACCCUGGCUCCAGGGGCAGCCCAGCCCGGGACAAGGAGCUCUUUACCGUCCUGCUCAAGGAAAUGCUGGCAGCUUUUGAGCAGGAAGCCAAACAGGUCAACAAGCCCCGUCUCCUGAUCACCGCAGCCGUUUCCGCAGGACUUUCCACCAUUCAGAGCGCCUACCAGAUUCCUGAGGUUGGAAAGUACUUGGACUACAUCCACGUGAUGACUUACGACUUCCACGGCUCCUGGGACAGUAGCACUGGGGAGAACAGCCCCCUGUACAAAGGCCCAACCGACACCGGGGACAACAUCUACUUCAAUGUUGAUUAUGCUAUGAAUUACUGGAAGAGCAAUGGUGCCCCAGCUGAGAAACUCGUUGUUGGAUUCCCAGCGUAUGGAAAUACCUUCAGGCUGCAAAACCCAUCUGACCACGGUCUCGGGGCACCGGUGUCAGGACCUGGUGCAGCUGGACCUUACACACAGGAGGCUGGGACACUGGCUUACUAUGAGAUCUGCAGCCUCUUGAGCUCAGGAGGGACCGAGGUUUGGGAUGCCCCCCAGGACGUGCCCUAUGCUUACAAAGGCAACGAGUGGGUUGGCUAUGACAACAUCAAGAGCUACAACAUCAAGGUUGACUGGCUGAAGAAGAACAAUUUUGGAGGUGCUAUGGUUUGGGCCAUUGACUUGGAUGACUUCACUGGCACUUUCUGCAAGGAAGGCAAAUAUCCCCUGAUCACCACCCUGAAGAACGGCCUUGGUCUGCAGAACAGCGACUGCGUGCCUCCCGCUCAUCCUAAUCCUCCAGUCACCCCAACUGCCUCUUCCACAGGAGGAAGUGAUAGUGGGAGCGGGGACUCAGGUAGCAAUCCAGGGGACUCUGGUGACUCUGGUGACUCUGGUGACAGUGACUUCUGUUCUGGCAAGUCCAACGGCAUCUACGCAGACCCCACCAACAAGAGCAACUUCUACAGCUGCGUCAAUGGCCAAACCUACAUGGAGAGCUGCCAGUCCGGUCUCGUCUUUGACAGCAGCUGCUCCUGCUGCAACUGGCCAUGA